AGCAUUUAGAGAUAUAAAAUUUCCCCAAAAUACUGUUUUGAUUGCAUCCCAUGAAUUUUGAUGUUUUCAUUCUCAUUUCAUUCUUUCAUGAAAUUAUUGUUUCUAUGAUUUCUUUGACCCACCAUUCUUUAGGCUAAGAUUAUUUAGUUUCCAAUUGUUUUUUAGGUCUUUCUUCUGCUGCCCUUUGUUGAAUGUAAUUUUAUAUCAUUGUAAUCUGAAAAGGAUACAUUUUAUAUUUCUGCAUUUCAUUGUGAGGCCUAUUAUAUCUUACAUUUUGGUGAUGGUGCCAUAUACUUUACAUAUUCCUUUAUAUUAUAUUCCUUUCUAUUCCCAUGUAAUUUUCUCCAGAGGUCUUAUCAUAUCUAACUUUUCUAAAAAUAUGUUCACCUCUUAACUUUUCUCUUGUUUAUUUUUUUGGUUGUAUUUAUCUAGUUCUGACAGGGGAAGGUUGAGGUUCCCCAAUAGCAUAAUUUUAUGGUCUACUUCCCCCUGUAAAGACCUACGUGAACUAAUGAAGAUGAGAACAUUGUACAUAGUAACAGCCAUAUUGUGGAAUAAUCAACUGUGAUAGACUUAGCUACUCUGAGCAAUAUACUGGUGUAGGAAAAUUCUGAGGGAUAUAUAAAAAAGAAUGCUAUCCACACCUCCAGAGAAUGAACUGUUGAGUUGGAAUGUAGAUCAAAGCAUAUGAUUUUUCACUUUUAUUUGGGUUUUUAUUUGGGGGUUUUGGUUUUAUGUGAUUAUUCUUUUACAAAAAUGAACAAUAUGGACGUUUUGCAUGAUAAUAUAUGUAUAUAACCCAGAUUAAAUUGUUUUCCAGCUCUGAGAGGGAGACAAUUUGGAUCAUAUAACUUGGGAAAACUUAUGUGGAAACUUGUUAUUACAUGUAACCAGUCAAAUAAAAGCAAAAUGUCUUUAUUUCUACUUGUAACUCAUAUUACUACAUUGUCUAUUAUACCUUUUAUUAACAUAUAAUUUCCUUGCUUUGUUCUCUUUUUAAACUCUUACUCACCAUUCCAAAGAGCCUAGCUUAUUUCCUCCUGCAUGAGUUUCAGCUUCUCUAUAUCACUACAUAGACCUGAAGUUUUUAUUCCUAUAACAGAAGCUCUUAAUCUAAUUAGUUGCUAUAAUAUUCUAAUAUGCCAAAAGUAUAUCCUUUCUAAUUCUAUGGCUAAUAUUCUGUUAUUAUGAUUGACAUCCUAUACACAAUUUACUAACUGGAUCUAACUUUUUAUAUAAAUCAUAGUUGAAGUUAUCUACCUAAAGGAUUAUAUAUGAUCGUUUGGUUUAUGAUCAAUAAUAUAAAAGCAAUACAAAUUUUUUCCUUUCAGUGGCAUGGACUCCCAGCUGAGCUCAGUCCAAAAUAUGAAGCAGUAACUUAUUUUCCCUAGGGGACCUUGAAGAAAGCUUCUGUUCCCCUGAGCUUUAUGUACAGUGUUGGGUACCUUGUGAGGAUAUUGAUUGCCCUGCUGACAUUUAGCCUCCACGUUGCUGAUUAUGAGGAAUAAAUCUAUCCCAGACCCAUUGCCACCAAACUGAGCAGAGAGCCCAAAGUUCAGGCUGGAUAUACUAUAACUGAGAAGUCUGGGGUCCUGUAAGUAGCUAGUGCUUACAGUCUGACUGAAUCUGCAGGACAUGAGAUUUUCAACCGUGUUGAUACAGACAAGGAGACUAGAGACCGAGUCAUCACGUCUCUCCUCUGGCAUCUACAAUGAAAAAGAAAGCACAAAUAUUACCAAAAGUUAACCAACUUUUACCUCACUGACUUCCAAGAAAAACCAGUUGAGCUGAGCAUGGUUAGUUCCUUAUUCUGUAGUAAUCUAAAUUUCCCCUUGUUGGGCUAAGCUAAUGCUCCCAUUCAUCCUAAAUGUGACUCCUACCCAUUCAUCCCAAAGGUACUUUGUGCCCAUCCAUUCUAAAUAGGCCAUCUGCCCAUUGGAACCUAGUAUUGGUAAAGGGUGGGUGGGAUCUUGAAUGAUAUAAUUUUAGGGUAUUAAAAAAAGGAAAUAACUCAUUCAAUUGUUUUAAGAUUAUGAGGAAAAUCUAACAACUCAGCUUUGCUGAAAGGCACUGGUCUCUCUCAAUAAACUUGUCAUUGGCCUAGAGCAACGUUGGCACACAUUUUCAAGUUUGUGUGCCCAAAGUGCAGCUUCAAGCUGCCUGUGAGCCUAUUAUCCCAGAAAGUAAAGGGAGGAAGUUUGUGCAUUGGUCUGCUGGACAGGGGGGCGGGACAUGCAAAAGUCCUCCAGCACUGGGAAGAGGGGGAACCAGAAAAGUAAUGGAUUAACAUGCAGAAUAGGAUUUACAUUUUUGGAUAUGACCUGGUUGGAGAUUUAUUUUACUGUACUAUAUGUAGAUGUUAUAAAGGUUUUACAUUUCUCCUCUUUUUUUUGCUCAGUGAGGGAAACAGGAGGUAGGAGAAGAAAAAAAAUAAUUGCUAAAAAUAAAAGUAAAAUUUUAAAUAAAAAUACUUUUGUAAUGAGGGUCUAGAAUAUGUCUAGACCUCCUGACAUGGAAUAUGUGUACAGGAUACACAUUUAAUAUCAUUUAUGUGUUAAGUACAUAGAGUCUGAGAAAGGAAUAAAAGGUGAAGAGGUGAAGAAUACAAAACAAAGGAAACUUUAAGAGAAAAAUAGUGAAGAAAAUAAGACAGGUGUGGCAUUAGGGCCACCUGAAGGAUAAUACACAUAUAUGCAUAUACAUAUAGAGAAAAUAAGGGAGAAAGUUCUAGUAUGUAGGAAAAAAGGUUUAAGGAAAUUUUUCUCAAAUAAGUACAAUGAGAUGUUUCAUGCAACAGGCUACUUUGAGUGAUUCUAAGGUUACUAGAAGAAUAUGUAAGAUAUCAGCAGUUAUAAACUCAGAUUUGCUUUGGUUAAAAUAUGUCCAAAAUUAAGAGCUUUUGUUUAUUAGUAAAAUUAUGGUAAAGAAGAAAGAAUGGUCAUUUAAAAUUUAGAUUAGUUGAAAUUUGGAAGCCAUAUGUAGCUCGUGAACUGAUUAUGCUUUGUAAAAAAAAUAGUGCUAAAUUCUUGAAAUUAUUACUUGAAUAUUCUUUGAAUAUUAUUUCAUUUGACCCAGGUGUAAUUGGAGUCAGUUUGGUAAGGCAAUUAGGUUGUCGGAUUUACUCUGCUAUUUGAAUUCAAGACAAAAUAUUAGGUCAAAUUACCUUAGUUUACCAAUUUAUUAUCCUAACAUAAAUAUGAUAGUUCAUGCUAUUAAAAAAUAUAUCAUCAAAGAUUGGGCUAAAUACAACUUUGGGUUCUAACCAUUGAUCUGUACUAUCUAAAUCUGUAGUUCAGGUUUAGUUAAAUAAGCAUCUAGUAGUCAGGAGGACCUCUAAAGUCAUUUAUAAAGAAUUUUUACUUAGCUUCAGAAUUUCUUCCUUUCCAAUAAGAACAGGAAUGAAACAAGGAUGCCCCUUAUCACAACUAUUAUUUAACAUGUUACUAGAAAUGCUAGCUUUAGAAACAAGAUGAAGAAAUUGAAUGAAUUAAAGUAGACAAUGAGGAAACUAAAUUAUCGCUCUUUGCAGAUAUGAUAUACUUAAGAGAAUUCACAAAGAAACGAGUUGAUAUAACUUUAGCAAAGUUGCAGAAUACAAAAUAAAUCCACAAAAUCCUCACUAUUUCCAUAUAUUAUCAACAAAGUUCAACAGCAAAAGAUAGAAAAAUUCAUUUAACCCUAGACAAUAUAGAAUAUCUGGGAAUUUACUUGCCAGGACAAACACAGGAAUUUUAUAAACACAAUUACAAAUUCCUUUUCACACAAAUAAAAUCAGAUCUAAACAAUUUGAAAAAUAUUAAUUGCUCAUGAGUAGGUCAAGAUAAUAAAACAAAAAUGACUAUUCUACCUAAGUAAAAUGACUAUUCUACCCAAGUUAAUUUACUUAUUCGGUGCCAUACCACACAAACUACCAAAAAAUUAUUCUAUAGAACUAGAAAAAUAACCAAAUUCAUCUUGAAGAACAAAAGGAAUUGAUGAAAAAUGUCAAAGAAUGUUUUCUAGCAAGCGCCAGAUGAGAACCCAUUUUCCACCUGACUUGUGAAAAUACAAAAUAAAAUAAAAAAUACGUGGCAAAAUCAUGAGGUUAUGAUACGUUUUGUAAAUCUCAACGUUUCCCAGAACACCCCCUACACGCCUUUUCCAGUCAUACUACCCCAGAACAAAAGAAUUGGCCCCUCCCUUCUUUCUGAAGUCUCCCUUUGCCCUUUUACAUUUGUUGAACUGCUUUUUCGCUCUCUGGGCAUUCACUAGGGCCUCGUCCUUUUCUUCUCCAGAAAAAUGUUUAUCCUUUCGAUCCUCCUCAUCUCACAGGACAUAUCUCAGAACACAUGGAGGUGUUUACAAAAGCUGCUUGACUGUGGUUCGCCAGAGUUCAGGCAUGCGCAGAAGGCACUGCAGCUCCCAGACUACCAUUCCCAGAAGGACUUGCGGGCACUGGGACAAAUUUCCACACUCCUGGGAAUAAUUAAAGGUUCUUUCCUGAUCUAUCACUUCCAGACGGUCCUCUGUCUCUUCCUUACUUUCCUGUGGCCGCUUUCUCCUUCGGUGUUUUAAGCCCACCUGGGAUGUGGUGAGCUGAAAGUCCUAAGCAACGCCAGGCGCAGGCUGAGACCGACGGCAGGGGUGCAGAGCACCUGGAGCUGGUUGGGGAGCAGGGAGAGAGAAAGGGAGGAGCUGCUGCCUGAGAUUGAAGUGUGCUAGAGAGUCUCACAGUCCUUUGAGUGCUCCGCAUUCGGAGAGAUGGAGCUUUUGGGGGCGUGGUAGGAAAAGAUCUAAAGGAAUCUGAAGGCAGAGCCCCCACACACACACACACUCACACUCCCUUCCCACGUGACCCCGAGGAGCCGUCCCUCACUCUUCUGGUCUAGGUCCUUCCUCCCGUUCAGAUUGAGUGAGUAACCUCCUCGUGUCAGUCUCUCCGGGCCUUGGUCCAUACUGCCUGGCGCCUCAUUUUCUCUCAGCAUACCCCUCUUCUCCCAGCAUCCUUCUUGGUUACCACCUCCUCGAGGAAAUCUUCCCGGACGCUGAUCAGAGCUCUUCCCCAUCCUGAAUUCUCGUGUCUAUUCUCCUGUUUUAUCUCUAAAGAGAUUCUGUUCUUCAGUCACUUCCAGGAGAGUAAAGACUGUUUCCUCCUGGUCCAGCCCCAGAUUCCCUCCCUGGUCUCCCCCUCAAUGAAGAAGUGGGAAUCUGUGCCCUGAGAAGAAAUCCGCAGCCUGAGCCUCGCUUUUCAUGGUGCCCGGUACCUCCCCACCUGUCUCCUGUGGCCUCUGUUCACCCCAGGAGGCGGGAGCCCUGAGGAGGAGGGGAUGGCGCCUGUGCCCCUGCCAGCCAGGCCCGACCAGGAAUCAGUGACAUUCAAGGAUGUGGCUGUGGAAUUCACCUGGGAAGAGUGGAGAUACUUGAACUCAUCACAGAGAAAGUUGUACAGGGAUGUAAUGCUAGAGAAUUAUAGGAACUUGGUCUUUUUGGGAUUUGCUGUUUCCAAACCAGAUAUGAUCUGCCAAUUGGAAGGGAAGGAAAUAUCUUGGAUAACAAAGCCAGAUGUUCCAAGAAGCAGCUGUCCAGAGAACAAAGAAUUUACUGGAGAUAAUCCUUAUGAAGAUAGUGAAUAUGUGAGGACCUUCUGGAAUAAUACACAACUUACUGUGCAUCAAAGAAUUCAUGCUGGAAAGAUUCUCUAUGAAUGUAAGGAAUUUGGAAAGACUUUCCUCUCCAACACAGCUCUUAUUCUACAUAAAGAAUCCCUUACUGGAGUGAAACCUUUUAAAUGUAGUGAUUGUGGGAAGAUUUUUGUGAUGAAGACUCAUCUGACUGUGCAUCAGAAAAUUCAUAUUGCAGAGAAAUUUUAUAAAUGUAGUGAAUGUGGUAAGGCCUUCAGGAAAAAGAUACAACUUACUGAGCAUCAGAGAAUUCAUACUGGAAAGAUUCUUUAUGAAUGUAAGGAGUGUCGGAAGACUUUCCUCUACAAUUCAGGCUUCAAGCGACAUCAAAGAAUUCAUACUGGAGAGAAACCUUAUGAAUGUAAUGAAUGUGGGAAAGCUUUUGGGAUGAAGGAACAUCUGACUGUACAUCAGAGAAUUCAUAUUGGAGAGAAACCUUAUGUAUGUAGUGAAUGUGGGAAGGCCUUCCGGUCAAAAGGACAGCUUACUAUGCAUCAGAGAAUUCAUACUAGAGAAUUUCUUAAUGAAUGUAAGGUAUGUGGAAAGGCUUUUGUCUGCAAAGCAAAUCUUAUUCGCCAUCUGAGAGUUCAUACUGGUGAGAAACCUUAUAAAUGUAGUGAAUGUGGGAAAGCCUUCACAACCAAGAAAAAUCUUUCUGUGCAUCAACGAAUUCAUACUGGUGAGAAACCUUAUGAAUGUAGUGAAUGUGGAAAGGCCUUUAGGAUGAAGGAAAAACUAACUGUGCAUCAACGAAUUCAUACUGGUGAGAAACCUUAUGAAUGUAGUGAAUGUGAGAAGGCUUUUAGAAAUAAGACACAACUCACUGAGCAUCAGAGAAUUCAUACCGGAAAGAAACUUUGUAAAUGUAAGGAGUGUGAAAAGGUUUUCCUCUACAACAGAGAUCUUAUUCGACAUCAGAGAAUUCAUACUGGAGAGAAACCUUAUGAAUGUGGUGAAUGUGGGAAAGGCUUCAGUAGGAAACCAGAACUUAUUGUACAUGAGAGAAUUCAUACUGGAGAGAGACCGUAUGAAUGUGGUGAAUGUGGAAAGACCUUCAGGAGGAAGUCAGAACUUACUGUCCAUCAGAGUAUUCAUACUGGAAAGAGACCCUAUAAAUGUGGUGAAUGUGAGAAGGCCUUUAGAAGGAAGCCAGAACUUAUUGCACAUCACAGAAUACAUACUGGAGAAAAACCUUACAAAUGUAGUGAAUGUGGGAAGACCUUCAGACAGAAGAUACAUCUUAUUCAACAUCAAAGAAUUCAUUCAGGAAAGAAUCUAAGAGUAUAAUGCAUGUGGGAGAAUCUUUAGACAGAGAUCACUAUCCAGAAGAGAUUCUCAUAAAUGUAAGUAAUGUGAAAUGGCUUUACUAUAAAUUUAAUUAUAACUUUUUCAUUUUGGGUUUUUUUUGUGAUGUGGUUAACAUUAGGGAAAAGGUUUUGAAUUGUUUCACAUGUAUAAUUGAUAUAUUGAUUGCCUUGUCAAUGACUGGAGGGAGAAUUUUGAAGUCAAGUUUUUUAAAAGAAUGUUAAAACUACAUGAAUAAUAAUUUUUUAAAGAUGAUGGGAAAAAAAGAUUUGGAAUCACCUACAUGUGCCAGAUUUUGAACUCUGAGGCUUGAUCCUUUCUAUAGCAGUGAAGAAAAGCCUAAGAUUUUCUGCCCGCCUCCCUGAAUGAAAAUAAUCUCCUUGCCCAUUUUAGUCAGUUGGGUACAAAGUCCAAUAGAGACCAAUUCAUGAAAGUCCAAAAUUGAGCUCUAGGUUAAUGGAAGAGUUUGUGAGUGAGUAAUAUAAAUACCAUCCAGAAGUUGGUUCUGGAGCCACUUGACCACUCCUAGAAGAGAGUCAUCUGUUGUUUUCUGCCUUAAAGAGUUGGGAAUGAUCUAGGUCAUCACUUAAAGACCCAUUGCUCCAACAUGCCUAUCCCCUAGACCAUAGGUGUCCCAUCAGACUCAUUGUCUGGAAUUGCUGUUGCUCUUCCAGCCCCUCCAUCUUCAGUGAUUUUCAGACUUUUUUCCACCUCCAGAUGUACAGGCAAUAUCACUUGGGAAAAUAGGCUAUAGUCACAGUAAUGGGCUUUAAUGUUUUAAUCUAAAGUCUGUUAGAAAACUACUGAAACCCAAAACAGAAUGGCAUAGUCUGACUCAUGCUUUAGAAAUAUCAGUUGGCUAAUUGUGUAGAGGAAAUGUUAGAAAGGAGAAAGUGUGCCUGUAUGCCUCUUUGGUUUGGACAUGUAAUUUCAACAUUAUGGCAGUCACAGUUUGGAGGUUCCAUACACUCAUCAAGAUGGACAACUUCUUUGUGAAUUAUUGUCCUGGGCAAACCAAGAUUCCAGAGUACUAAAGAUAAGAAUGAUAUUCAUUAUCUUCCAGAAGGAUAAUGAAUUUAAUAUAUAGAAUAGGAUUUAAAUUGCUCAGAGUGAAGUUAGGGUCUUCCAAUUGGAGGGGCUUUGGAAAGGAACAUGAAGAUAAAAUGGAAUACACAAGGAACUGAGGGCUUUUUUCCUAGAAAUACAGCAAUCCCUCACCUAUCGUGAGAGAUACAUUCCAGAGACCUCCACAAUAGGUGAAAAUCUGUGAAAUAGCAUCAUUAUUAUAUUUAUUUUAUUAAUUAUAUAUAUAUAUAUAUAUAUAAUUAAGGCUUUAUAAACCCUUCCUACUCUCCUACAAACCUUUUCCCUAUUAGCCUACAAUGACUGAGACAAUCAGAGCCCAGAGCACAGCGGUGUGGUUGGCCACCUUUCAUUCUAUCACCCAAUGGUGUGCCGCAAUAAGUGUAACUCCCUGAUACAGAAUUACUCUUUUUUUUUUUAACCCACAAUAUGGUGAAGCUGAAUAUACACAAUACAGUGAACCAUGAUAUAGUGAGGGACAACUGUACAACAAGAAAGGUAUAGGUAGACUCAGCUCUGGCUCUUAGGUCUCCGCAAAGAAGGCAAGGGAGUCCGCCAUAUAUGUCUAUGACAUCCUUUUCUAUGGCUCAAUUUUUAUCAUUUAAUAAAUAAUUCUAAAUUAAGAUCGAGUCUCUAAGGAAUUUUAAUCUUUACUUGCUUCAUCAGAGCUAGGUCUUAAUCAACAUUCCAAGCUGGUGAUAAACAUCUCCUGUUAUUGGGAAGAAGUUUCUCCCUUAUUGCCCAGUUCCCGACGCCACCUCCCCUCUUUUUUUUUUUCUUUUAAACCCUCACCUUCCAGCUUGGAAUCAAUACAGUGUAUUGGUUCCAAGGCAGAAGAGUGGUAAGGGUAGGCAAUGGGGGUUAAAUGACUUUCCCAGGGUCACACAGCUGGGAAGUGUCUGAGGCCAGAUUUGAACCCAGGACCUCCCAUCUCUAGGCUUGGCUCUCCAUCCACUGAGCGACCCAGCUGCCCCUCCCCCCCACCUCCCUUCUUUCAUGAAAUACUCUAUAACUUGUAACUUCUUCCUCCCUCUGGGCUUGGUUCUACCCCAAGCCUCCAUACAUGUGUUAGUUUUCUUUCUUUUAAAGGAAAUUAAGUUGGUGAGCAUGCUGUGGCUUUCUGGUUUUUACAGAGCUAAUAGUUAUAAUGUCUUUGGCUCUUUGGUCUUUAGGGGAACAGGAAGACUGUUCCUCUCUGGUUUUUAAGGGUUAAGACUUGUACAAGAUAAAUAGAUAAUUUAUUGUGUUAACUGUUAGGGUCCGAGUGGACGACCAGCCCAAGGAGCACACGGAGACGACGCAAUUCAGGCCAAGGGAAGUCUUUAUUACUAGCGCGCUAGCGGAGCUCAGUCAAAGAGUUCCAGGGACGCAGAGUCAGAGUGGAGUUUAUAUCGAUUAAGCAGUCACAGUUGAGUUACUGGAUGGGAGACAAUAUUUUUGGAACGUUCUGUUAAUCCAUGAUUUUGGCUAGGUCAGCAUGACAGGUGGGCGAUGGUUGGCGUACCCAGGGGGCCCCGUCGUUCCUGGGACUUUGCACGGAGCAUUCUGUUGCCCCAGACACACAGAGUGGGGGUUGGUUGAUUAUCAGGAAUUGGGUAGGCAGUAGAACUAUAAAUGCAACUUAGUAAAUCAACCCUUGCCUUGGUUUGGUGUUAAAAUGUUUCUCCUGCCUUCGUGUUACUUAGAAUUACCUUGAAACAUCAGGAUUACUCUAAUACAACUAUGGCAAUAUGGAAACCCAGAAAUAACCUCACACGCGUUCCUGCCCGAGAAUAGUUCAGUCGUGCCCUGAGAGGUCACUGAGUCCCUGCAGAUAACACCGAGGCUGUCUUCUUACAUAUUUUUAGUCACAUCCUGGUCCACAGUCCAAGUUGCUGACCAACAUCUCUUGUUGCUGGGCAGAAAUUCCUCCUUUGGUGCCCAAUCCCAGAGGCCCCCUCCCAGGCUCUUUCUUGAAACAGUAUAUAAUCUGUUACCCCAUCAAACAGCUUUGCUCUGAGUUCCCCUCAUGUAUCUUUGAGUUCUCUCUCAAUAGAAUAUACAUCUUUGCUGUAGAAGACUCUUUUUCUCCUUAGUGACUUAAAAUGAACAAUUAUGGCUCAUUGAUUAAGGCAUUCAAGGUCUUAACUUUGUAAUGGGAGAAAGCAUCACAUCAAGAUGAAGUGUAGGGCGGGGGACCUCAUGUGAAGGUAGCUGAGAGGUGAUAUGAAGGCCCAGGAAAGAUGAGGCAGACACUCAGCCACCAGAACCCUGGAUUUCAAGGGCAAAAUGCAUAAUUCCAUUGGUAAAGGGGUGAGGCUGAUACCCAGGAAAGAAAAAUUAAAUAUUCAGUUGUAUUAUUUAUUAGUAAUAUUUCUUUUCAAAAUCCUUCCUGUGCCUAAAUUUUGAAGGUCUGCCUGCUACCAAACUAAAGUAAUUUAGUUUCAGGCCUUAAGGCAUCCACCAGGACUAGAUCCUUCUGGCUUUUAAUUAGAGGCCAAAAAGAGACCUCUCCUUUAUCUUUAAACAAAAAUACCCCCCUAAGACAUUUAGAAGCAGAGUGGCUCACAGUUUCCUGGACCUUGACAAAGAUUCACCUUCUGGGUGAUAAAGUCAUGAGGUAAGAAUUCAUACCUUUAAGUGUACCUCCUUUAUCAAAAUAUCCGUCAAUGGAGACUCCAAGAUAAGGUCCAAAGGAUGACCUGUCUGACUAGUCAGAAAGAAGACACACUUCCUUAUAAAAGACAGGGGCAGGGCUCACAGAGCCUCUUUCAAGUAAGAGGCAGACAUGAAACCCCUAUACUUUGUUAAUACAUUGCAUUCCCCUAGUAAUGAACCAUAUUCUUAUAGAAAUGGCCUCACAUUAUUUAUUGCUUAAAAUUCCAGGCACUAUUUUUUUGGGGAGCUCAUCAGGAAUGGAAGUUAAGAGCUCCACAUCCUAGAGUCUAUCUAGAAAUUUCUGCCAAAUCUAUGGGUUCAAAAAGGGACAGCUUUUCCCCAAAGAGAUAGGAUUCUGCUUGAGGGAAUCUCUGGUUGUGGAUUAACCCUGUCUCUAUACACGACAGUCAUACCUUCUCUGGGAAACAGAAAAGUGAGUUAAUAAUUUAGUGUAAUUGUUUUGUGUCCUUGUUUCUGAUUGGAACUUAGAGCCUCCCAUCUUAUGUUGAGGGGUUGGGGAAAAAGGGAAAUAUCUUAGGAACUCCAUGUCCUUUUGUUUGCAUGUCUCUUUUCCUUCUCUUAUCCAUAUUUGUAAUAGUAUUGCGGAAUAUUCCCUCUUGAAGGAAUUUUUUUCAUAGUCAGACUUUUUAAGCCUUCAAGGAAGUACUCUCCAUAAAAAAAGAGUUGGGGAUUAUGAACUACACACCAUUUGGCAUUUUUUGAGCCUAAAGAACUCAGGGAGUUCUCUAAAAGCUUUCAUGAAAGCUACCACAUAUACUCUAAAGCUGCCAUAUUGCAUAACUUCAACUGCCAUGUGGCCUAUUCUGGCUUCUUUUUACUUCCACAUGGUGUCCUACUCUAAUUCUUAAGGAAAUAUAUGCCUAUUUCUCCUUUAUUAAUUUAAGAGUAAAAAGAGAAAUUUUUUUAGAGCAAAAAUAACCAAAGCUACAACUUGAAUAUUUUCUACUCUCACAGCUUGGCAACCACUUCUGGGUAAAAUGUCUUUUAUGUAUGAUGUGUGUGUCUUGCAAUUUUAAAAUUAAUUUUUGAAUGUUUAUAGAAAAUUUUACCCUGAGUUCCACCUUUUAGGACCCCCUCCCCUUAAAAUUAAAUUAAUUGUUAAGGCAAGUUUCUUCUCAAAGAGAUUAGGAAAAAAUCCUUCUGAAGACAUAUUGAAAUUUGACCCUCAGAAAAGACCUCACAAAAAUUUUUGGGCUACAUAGAGCAUGCCAUAGCAGAUAUUUUUAAAAGGGUUUUUAAAUAAUUUAAAAAGGCAUUUAACCUUCAGGAAAGACCUCAAAAGAGAGCUUUUGGGAUGCCGUAUAUCUCUGAAGUAUUUCUUAGAGAAGAUGUUUCCCAGAGUAGGAGGAUUUACUUCAAGAGGCACCUGGGACUCAGAUUCCUGAAAGACCCCGUAAUCCCACAAAGUCCCCAAGGAAAUCUAUUAAGCAAAAAAUUUUUUAAAUUGGCUUUUGUGUGUAUAUGUUUGAAUCUGUGAAUAAAAUAGCAAACACAACUUUUUACUCUCCAGGGAAAGGAAAGCUGUUAUCUGUACCUGGUAAUAAGGUCUGCCCUGAAGUUUAAGAGAAAUGGUAGCCUCAGACUUAAAUUUUUAGUACAUAUUAUUAAAUCCCCUAUGUUUCAGUCUAUGCUUCUAAUGGACACAGUAAUCACUAUUAAUCAGUAUUACUUAAUGUUCUCUCAUGGCCAUCAAGAAGAGAAGGAGAUUGAAGUAAAGCCCUUUUCUCCAGCUUCUCUCCUUUUUAGCUAGGGGUAAAAAAAAAAUGUGUUUUAACUGGGGAAAAGCCUUUCUACUCUUAAAGUUAAAAUUUUAAUUAGGAAAUUAUUUUUCAAAUUGGAUAUUAAGGUUUAGCCAAGUUUCAAAACUAAAGUUUGUGAUUUGCUAAUGUUUAUUCAUAUUGCUCUGUUCUGAUGGUAUUCUGUUUUCUAGAAUAUCUUACAUCAUGACCAUGUGUUUGAAGCUGCAAAAGUAAGUCUUGUUCUUUAGGGUCUAUAAAUGCAAUCAGUUGCUCAGAAUGCUAAAAAUUUAGAUUAUUAAUUUUCCCUAAACCAUGAAAGGAGAGUAGAAAAAGCAGGAAAGAAGAGAAAAGAAGAUGCUGGAGGCAGGUCACUGUGGGAGCAUAGAAGGUGUUUCUCCCCUUCCAUGGGGAAUAAAUUUGUUGCCGCCCUGGUUCUGAGAGAAUGUUCCUUUUACUGGUUCCCAAGGCUAUUAUGUCUGACUGCCAUGUCCAGCAGCCCUCGUAUACCACUGUCUGUCCUGGCUUCCUGGGACUACUUUUCCCUUCCUGCCUUCACUCCUCAUCCUCUUUCCCUUGCUCCUGCCCACCAUAUUCUUUCCUCUUUCCAUCUAGCUGGCCCCACUUCAGUGAUGUGUGACAAGCAGAUCAUGUAGGCUUUGAAAAAUGGAGACCUCUAUGAAGCAAAAGACUUAAGUAGCCAAGGGUGAAGAUGUUAAUCAGACACUAGAAGGUAGUAGGAAGCCUCUUUAUUAUGCCGCAGACUAUGGGCAGCUUGAAAUCCUGGAGUAUCUGCUCCUUAAAGGGACUGAUUGUGAUGCUCCAUAUAAAUACCCUGUGACUCCUUUUCUGCUGCUGUAUGUGAAGGUCAUAUUUCCUGGGUUAAACCGCUUCUGUCAAAGAGUGCUGAUAAAACUGAGAGGCCCAACUGGACCAACUACCUUAGAAUCCACUGACAACCAGGCAACAAAGUUCUUCUUCAGUGAUGGUAGGAUGGACCGACUGGAAAGAAUGCCUCUCCUGGGGCCACACUGUCUGUCUGUCAAUGUCUGCCAUCUUCUUCAGCUAAAUACUUAAGUGAAGUGAGGAGAGACAGAUUCAUGAUAAAUCAGAUUCCCAGGAAAACUGUUUUUACAGAGUUAAAUCCAUAUGACCAAGAUUUUAUUAGGAUUCCUGAUCAUGCCACUCUCUCAUGUUUCUAAUAAAAUUCAUCUCAUGAUACAACCAUUCUGGGGAGCAAUAUGGCACCAGGCUCAAAGGGCCACAAAAGUAUGCAUACCCAGUUUUAACUAGCGAUACCACAGAGGGUCUUUUUCCCUCAGAAAUCAGAGAAAAAGGACUUAUAUGUACCAAAAUAUUUUUAGCAGUUCUUUCUGUAGUGACAAAGAACUGGAAACCUGAGGGGUUGUCCAUCACUUAGGGAAUGGCUGAACAAUCUAUCGUAUAUGUUUGUAACGGAAUACUUUUGUGCCAUAAGGAAUGAUGAAUAGGUUGAGUUCAGAAAAAUCUAAAAAGACUUAAAUGAACUGAUGCAAAAGCGAGGUGAAAAUAACCAGGAGAAUAGUGUAUAAAGUAACAGAAACAUAUAGAUACCAACUCUGAAGGACUAAACCAUCAUCAGCAAAACAAGUUUCCGAGAUAACCAGAAAGGACUCAGGAUGAAAAUGUUAUCUACAGUCAAAGAAGGAACUGUUGGAGUCUGAGUACAUAUCAGAGCAUACCAUCUUCCAUUUUAUUUACUUCAUGUUUCUUCUGGUUGAGGUAAUUUAUGGUUAUGGAUAAACUCCCUCCCAAUAUACUACAGUCAGAUUUCUGGGGAAACAAAAGGGUGAGUGAAUAAUUGUGUUUUGUCUGUUUUGUGUCCUUGUUUCAAAUUUUUUACUUAGAGCUCCACAACUUAUGUUGGGAAUUUGACAAGAAAUAGAAAUAUCUUCUUAGGAAAAAGAAAUAAAAUUACAUUCAUUUCAUGUGCUGAUGAUGGGCAAAACCAGAAUAUACUGUUUAACAUUCAAAAUGUGCAGCUAACUAGUUUUAUUAAUUAGAUUGUUUUGAAAGAUCCUAAUAUAUAAAAGUCUACUUCUCUUUAUGUUGAGCCCUAACGGUGGAAGCAGUUAUGUAAGGGCCGGAAUGUAAAGGGUUAAAAUUAAAGAAUUAGAUAUGAUAUUUUAAGAGUGUGGCUACCAGGAAUUAUUACUCAAUUUCAAAUGAUUUUUAUGGUAUUUUAUUUACAAAAGGAGAAAGAAUAAAAGUAAGAAAAUCAGAGAGAGUAGAUAUUUACUCCGGCUCAGUCAGGGCUUAAGAGCCCCCAGCAAAGGGGGCCCAUGCUGCGGUCAGGGUCCAGCCUCACUUGUGACUCCAGGGUUCCUGACAGGUGGUGAACAAUAGGUCAAAAUAAAUAAAAUAAAAUAAAUAACAAACGGAAGACAGCUUAAUCAUAACAGCCAUGGGAUUGCUUUGCAUCUCAGCUGCUCCAACAUUCCCAGGCCUGGGAUUUAUUUUUAUAUCCAUAUUCUUGACAUGACAAAGUCAAAGAGAGAUCAUUAGAAAAGUGAUACAUUAACUUUUAACAAAUCACUUGAUUAACAUUCUAUAUUUUUGUAUUGUGAUUACAGACAGAAUAAAGGUUGCACGCAAGAUAAAUGAUUUCUGUCACAGGUGGCUUGAUUUUCUCAUUACCCUGUGAGAAGUUUUGAGCUUACAAACAAUCAAGGAAAAUUACGCAUUGCUUUUAAUAAAAUGGAAUAAUUAAUCAGCAGUUCUUAGAAGACAAUUCAGCAAUCAUAUCAUGGAAGCUGAGGGGUCUGGGAACACAAUUCAGAUUUAGACUGGUGGCUUCUAGGGAGUUACUGAUUCACUGAGGCAUCCUGAAGCUUGAUGUACUUGUAUUUAUCACUUGGGCCUCUGUGAUUGAUUUGUGUGCUGGCUUCAUGAGAAAGUUUUGGGCUUGGCCUGUAGCUGCAGUUUUGCUGAGAAUUAUGUACCUAAGUAAAAGUUAGCCCAUGAUAGUCUUUUGGGAUUGGGCUUGAGGGUCUGAUCUUUUGGUGAUGUUUUGGGGAAUUAGGGUACAGGUGUUUUGCUCUUGCAUUAUUUCUUUUGUGACCAGGGGGAAUAAUAAUCAUGUCCAUUCCUAGGAAAGGGGCAUUGAUGAAAGAGGUCAUGCAAGGGGGAUAGAGUGGGCAGUCACAUCUCACCAAGGACCACUCUGUGGUCUCCUCAGCUACCACACGUGACUGCCAAGGCAUCAUGGACUGAUGGCCCCCAGCAGGCCCAGAGGUAAAUUAAACAAGGGUUUUAGCCAUGAGGCCUCCUCCAAGAUAAGGAGCCUCUCUGGAGGCUAGUACUUACAGGAAAGCCAGUGAAAGGGGUCAGUCUUUUUCACUCACCCAUGUGGUUGUUCUAAUAGAAAAUAGAAUGAAGUCCUCAGCCAGAGCUCCUUCAGAGUCCAGUUGAAGGCGAAAGACCUCAUCUCAGGAAGGUCUUGCCACUUUUAAAGACAAUUCCUUUUGUCACUUCCUGUACCUUGAUCCACUUUUACGUGGACCAAUUAUAGUCUAUAAAUUGUCUUGGGACAGCCCGGGGGCAGUCAGUCACCCACUUUUACACACAUGGGUCACAGACUUCCCCCACUUAAGGAUAAAAUGGAGUGGAUAUGCUUCUGGUGAUUAAAUCUAAAAAUGGGCAGGGGAGAGUUAAUCCCAUCUUCACAGUUGUAAACUCAGGGUUGUAACAUAAGAAUUUAGCUAUAACCCUCUACCUUAAGAUUGCACUAUAAUAGGGAUUUCCUGGCCUGGAAGAGCAUAACCAAAUCUUUCUUUCUUCAAUAACUUUGUUUUAAACAAAGGCUCUGAUCAGAUGAGGAGGGGCAUAUUCCUAUGUAGCUGGAUGACUGGACUUUAAAUUUCUCCUCUCUUUCCAUGAUCAACCUUAUUUAUAAAAUUUAUUAUAAGAUUUAUACAAUCUUUGAUUUGAAGAUCUGUAGGAGAAAUAGCAUUCUAAUAAAGUCAUUUUCUCUUCUAGUUUGAGAAAUAUGUAUUAGGUGUGAAACAUUUUCAAAUCCUUCUAGCAGUAAGCAGAGAUCAAAAAGUAAAGUCAUAACCAUUAGUUGUUAGGAUUCUGGAAAACACAAAUGUGUUUCCUAGUAACUGAAGAUUUUCUUCUACUUAUUUCUAUUUAAAAAUUUUCUUUGAAGUCAAUUUUAUUUGAAGUAUCAAGGAAAAUAACAAGCACCUUCCCGAGCCCUACACUGGAUGUUGACUCUUAUGUAAGAUUAUUUUUUUUGUGUCAUGCUAGGAUGGGGAUUAAUAUUUGGGUAAAUUUGGUUUGACCCAGACUCCUUAAAAAAUGAAGUGUUAUCAAAUAUCUCUACGUGUUGGACAUUUGGCAAUUCUGGAUGAUAUCUUGGUAACUUCUUUCUAAUCAUGUGUUGCAGAGAGUAUGAUAUACUUUUUAAGUGAUUCUGUAUAUUUAGAAUAAUUACUCAAAGGGCUUUAUUACUUGAAGAAAAUAUUGUAUACAUUAUAUAUAUAUAAUAUUUCAUGAGCACUGUGGCAAAAUAAAAUAUGAAUACCUAAGGAGAAAGAAAAAGAAAUAAAGUAUACUUUAAUUUGGAAAA